AUGACUGAAGAUUAUAGUGAGUAUAGGAAUCACAAUGUAAAGAAGAGUAGACACAAACGCGGUUUGACGAUGAGUAACACUGGUCACUCAACAUUAUCAACUGCAUCAAGCAUUCCCUCUAAGUAUCAGAGAAUAAUCAUUAGAAACAACUCAAAAGAAUAGAACUUAAGUUCACCCUAGAAAUUAAGUCAUUAAAGAUCAUCUAGCGUUCAAUUAUCAGCAUUCAAACCAAAUAACGGCCCAAAUCCAAAUGACACAUCCCAAACCUUUUUAAGUCCCCAUGAGAUUUCUAAAAGGUUGCACAAUACUUCGACACAUUCAAAUUAAUAUGACCUUAACUAGUCAUUUCAAAGUCACAGCACAGGAUUUGGAGCAAGUGCGAUUAGAUUUGACAACAACUACGAACUCUAAUUGAUGUUCAACAAAUCUCCAGGACCAGGAACUUAUAAUCUGAGAAAAAUGGUUGAGGAUUAAGUAUCACAAGUUAAACUAGAGCUAAUAAACAGCAGUCCCAGGAUUACUGAAAAUCAGCAUAGCUUAAACUCAACAAGCCAAAUGAACCCAUUCUAAAAUCAAUCUGUGUAAUACUUGAUUAAUAGCUCUAAAAGCAAAAUUUAUACCAAUAAAAGAUUGAGAAACGACUAGUCCUAAUUUGAAGGGCCAGGAUUCCCUAAGGCACUAAGGUUUUAAGAGAGAAUAGAAUAGUCGCCUGGACCUUAGCAAUACGAUCCAACUAAGCCUUAAGAAAAACACAAAUCUUUAGUAAAGAUGUAAAAUGAAGGAAAGAUUUCGAUUCCAUCUCACAUUCUUAAUAACCCGUUGAAUUAUGUCAAGCCCCUUAUUGUCAAUCUAUAUUACAAAAAAUAGAACCCUGAUGUAGGUGCAUAUGAUGUAACACAUCCAGAAGAAAUAGCGAAAAAACUAAAUGAUAAUGUUAAGUUUUCUUACAAAUCUGUAUUCGAAUCAAAAUAGGAGAGGAAAGCAGAUUUUCUCAUUAAUGGUGAUUAGACACUCCUGUUUGAUGAAAACAAGAAAGAUUUCUACGAAGUAGAGGAGAACUUAAAGGCUUUAAAUAAAGAUAAACUUUUGAUGCCCACGCCAGCUUUUUAGUAGCCGCUUAAGCCUUAUAUAAAAUAAGACUUUCCUUAAACUUUACAAUAGCUACUAAAUAAAGAUAAAGAAUAGGAUGCAUCUUAGGAAUUACCAUAGCCUCAUUACUAUGGUUCUCUUGAUGAUAAGUUAGCAAGAGCCUAGUAUAGAGAGGCAUUGACUAAUGACAAAAUUCUAAGUAAAGAUAGAUUCGGAAACUAGGUCCUACCUAAAAAACCUAUUGAAGAAUUGCCAGGUCCAGGGUAUUACAAUGAUAAUAUAAACUAUGAAUUGGUAAAACCUCAUUAUGGUAAAAGUCCUGUUAUUCAACCAGAACACAAGAUGAAAAGUAAAGUAGUGAAGGAAGAGAUAAGGCCAAGUCCAGCAUAAUAUAAUCAAGAAAUUGAGCCGAAAUAGGUAUCAUUUCAUUUCUGGGGUAACCAAGGAGAGAUACAGCCUUGGAUUCACUGA